AUGGAUUCGAAGCAGAAAAUCUGCAAGAUCUGCAACAAGCGCUACGCCAACGGCAAGGCCUUGGGCGGUCACAUGAGAUCUCAUCUCGCCAAGCUUCCUCUUCCUCUUCCGCCGCCGAAGCCGAACCAACCGAGUGUUGUUUCUAGUACUUCUCCUUCUUUGGACGAGCUUUCUCAGGAGUUUUCUUCUGUUGUUGAGGAUGCAAUAUUGGAGAGCGAGAACGAGAACGAGAACGAGUCGCGCCGGAGGCACGUGACUCGACAGAGAUCCAAACGGCGUCGUAGAUCGGAGACUUUCUCCGCGGAGGAGGCCGCUUUCUUUCUGGUGAAGUUGUCCAAGGACAAGUGGGACAAGAGAGAAGCUGUUGGUCAUCAUCACGAGGAGGAGGUUGCGAAGUUCAAGUGUGAGACGUGCAAUAAGGUUUUUGGUUCGUACCAGGCUCUCGGCGGACACAAGGCGAACCACAAGAAGAUGAUGAAGAGAAGAAAUAAUAACUAUGCUGUUGUUGAUGAUCAUCCGAUAAGGACAUUUGAGUGUCCGUUUUGUUUCAAGGUGUUUGGUUCUGGUCAGGCUCUUGGUGGGCACAAGAAGGUUCACUUUUCGAAUAACUUACCCAUUAUUACAAGGAUUUCUUCUAGAAAAUUCGGGAACAGUUUGAUUAUAGAUCUUAAUCUUCCAGCAGUAGCAGAUGAAGAAGUAGAAUAG